GUCUGCCGGGAGACAGUGGGUGAAAUAUGGUUGGUGCAGUCUCAAUAUUUUAUGGUCUGUUUAUGUAAUGGAAGAGAGGAAUAUUUCACAAGAGCAGUGGGGCAGUUAUUUCUUGUUGUUUAGAGUGAGGGUGCUCAUGAAACCAGGUGGUUGGUGAAGAUAGAAGAAGAUAAUUUAUCCUAGAAUUUUAGGGCUAGAACAGAGAAUGACCAUGAUGAAGGCAGCAGCUGUGGUGAUAGCAGCUUUCUUCACUACAGUGAUAGCACAAGACAUGAAGCUGCCUCCAAGAUUUAUAGUACAGCCUAAUAGACAGUACUACUUUAAGAUAGAUGAUGCCACUUUCACACAGGAAUUACCUUGUCGUGCCGAAGGAAUCCCUGAGCCAUAUUAUGAGUGGAAGAAAAACGGUGAGUUAUUGUCAGUGGGUACUAGAGGCUGGAAUUACAAACCAAACAGCGGUGGCACCAUCAGCAUCAACGGCCCAAGUUUCGGUGACGAGGGGUAUUACCAGUGCCUGGCCAAAAAUACUGAUGGAAUGGUGGCAGUGUCCACAAUUGCUUUCUUCCAAAGAUCGAGGGCGGGAGCUUUUCCCUACAACCAGACAGUAGAGACUAAGGUGGUCCGAGAGGGCGAGAAUGUCACCAUGGUGUGUUCAGGAAAACCGCAAUUCCCCUAUGCGGCCCCCAAUCCCACCAUUCAGUGGGAACUAUACACGCCUGCCUCGGGGUCUGUGAAAGAAACCCAGGCCAUUCUGCCUGAUGAUAAGAGGAGACAGGUGGAUGAGAGUGGAGCUCUGAGGUUUGCGUUUGUUACCAGAGAUGACUCUCAACCCAAUCAACAGUAUAGAUGUUCUGCGUACAACUCAUUUCUGAAAUUAUCCGUUUUUGGAAGUCCAAUUAAACUUAAUGUUGACACUACUAAUCCCUUGGACAACAAUGCCCCAAAGCUGAUGUACAAAACUGCACCAGCGCCCUCAUCAGGACAAUCUGUUGUCUUCUUAAAGGGACAGAACAGAACUCUGAGCUGUAUUUUUGCUGGAAAACCUGUUCCCACUGUUCGCUGGUACAAACUGGAUGCCAAUGGCAGGGAAAUGAAUCCAGAUGGCAUUGUAGACAAAACCCAAAAUCUGGCCAUUCAAGGUGUGACCUUUGACCACGAGGGCACUUAUCGCUGCACUGGGUCCAAUACGGGUGGUUCUCAGAGCGCAGAAAUUCAGGUUGUUGUGGAAGCUGCCCCCUAUUGGACAAAAACUGGGCUACCUAAGAACACCAAUGUAACAGCCGGGGAUGACUUCACCUUUGAAUGUGGCACAGAGGGGAUUCCAGCACCUGAAAAACCCAAGUUUUAUUCCAAUGGUGUGGAAUUAG